AUGAACAUGAGGCCUACAAAUCAUUAUUCGCCAAAGGUACCUGCCAAAUCAAUUGAAUCAUCACCAAAAACUGAUCAUUAUGAUCAUUUGGAAACUAUAUGGCGUAUUAUUCUUGAUAUUAUUAGCCUUGCAAUAUUGCUCGCUAUAACGGUUAUAUCACAUUAUAUUGCUACACCAUUCGCACGUGGUUUCUUUUGUUCGGAUACAUCAAUAAAAUAUCCAUAUAAAGACAACACUAUACCAACGUAUGCUGCAGUUAUUCUUUCAAUUGGCCUUCCAGUUGUUUGGAUGUGGACCACAGAACUUUGUAAAUUAUGCUAUUUUAAACAGUACCCCAAAACACCGUUUCAAAUUCGUUUGUUAUUAUCUGGAAAGCGAUCAAUAAACAUUCCGCCAAUCGUUCGUAAUUUAUACAUUCUUACUGUGAUAUUUGCUUAUGGUUAUCUUGCAACAUGGGUAUUAACUGAAAUAGCAAAAAAUUUUGUUGGCGAAUUACGACCACAUUUUCUUGCUGUAUGUCAACCAUCUCUUGAUUGUUCGACUCAAACAUUAUUAUACCAAUUUCAUUCUUAUCAACAAUAUGGAAGUAAUUAUACAUGUCAAAAUACAGAUGAUGCAAGUGUACGAGAAGCACGUCGAUCUUUCUUUAGUGGACAUACUGCACCACUUUUUUUUGGCUUUGUUUGGUUAAUUAUGUAUAUUCAUAUAUCAUGGUCUUGGCGUCAUCUUGGCAUCCUUGGUCAUUUAUUUCAAGUCGGUAUUGCUAUCCUUGGAUGUUAUGUUGGAUAUACACGUAUAAGUGAUUUUCAUCACCAUUGGCAAGAUGUAUUUGUUGGUAGUGUAGUUGGAUCAUUAAUUGCUUUUGCAACAUUUAAAUUUAUUCUUAAUUGGCGUCAUUAUAGUCCAAAUUUUUUACCUUAUGUAGUCGCUGAUAAUCAAGAGAAAUCAACAGUCCAACGAAAUCAACAAAUGUCAAUAAAUAAUCAUGCUUAUCGUCAAGGUUCAGGUCCGAUGGCAGAAAGUGAUUCAGAUAUCGCAUUUGACUCAGCACAACAACCUGAACGAGUUCCUUUAUAUCGUUAUCGAAAACCAUCAAAAGGAGAAAUACAAAAAAUGACUACUCAAUCAUCACGUCAAGAGAAAUACGACAAUGAUUCAUCCGAAACCAAAUGUCUUCCAACGCCGGACGUAACGAUGCAAAGUAAUCAAAAAAUAUUGCAGCCAGUUUCAUUAUUAAAAGUGGUCUUCGAUGGUCUUGCACUCAUAAUCGUACUUUUUACAUGGUUAUUAUUUAAAUAUCUUGUUAAACCAGUUCGACGAGCAUUUUUAUGUUCAGAUUUAAAUUUAUAUCAUCCACCACCAGAAAAAAAAGUUUUUCCAACUUGGCUUUUAUUUACUUGUGCUAUCGCAAUACCAUUAGUGAUUAUUUUACUCUCGGAAUGUAUUCGUUGGUUUUAUUUACAUCGUCGAAAAGUAACUAAAGUAGUUUAUGAACUUCAAAUUCGUUCAAAUAUUUAUAAAAUUCCUGAAUGGGUGGGAAAUCUUUAUAUUAUCCAUAAAACAAUUCAACAAAUCUACGAUAUAAUUAGUUAUCGUAGUCAUCAUACAUCACCUAUAGAUCAAUUACAUUAUAUUAAAAAGAUAUGUGAAGAUAGAUUAAGAGAUGACAUAUCAUCAGAAGAUGAAGAUGAAGAUGAACUUGAUAGUCGUAAUUGUACAAUUGAUGAUGAUCAAAAUGAAAGUGUUAUAAUGCAUCCACGUGUUGUUCUUCCUCAAUCAUCAACUAAAAAACGUUUGUUAAAUCAUGAUGAAAAUGAUUUAGAAAAAAUGAUUUCACCACCCAAACGUUUUCGAUAUGAAGAUUCAAAAAAAAUAAUUAAUUCUCCAUCACAACGUAUUAUUGCUCAAACAACAUUUGAAUGCUAUACAUCAGAAAAUAUUACUCGACCAUUUACUGUUUCAACUGAUAUUAAAAUGAUUGAUAAUUCAUGUAAUGAACAACAAAGUUGUUCGACAAUUAAUAGUGAUCAUACAUUAUCAUCAUCAACAUUAAGCAGUACAAAAACAGCAUCAUCUUCAUCAAUUGAACAAACAUUACCAAUGACAUCAACGAAAAUAUCUACUCUGGUACAUCGUUUUAUAUCAAGAAAAAUUUUCAAACCAGAAACUUGUUUUGUGUGUCUUAAACGAAUCAAUUUUGGUUCGGUAUCAUAUCGUUGUUCAUAUUGUUCACAAUCAUGUCAUGUUAAUUGUAAAGAAAAUGCAGGUUCAAAUUGUAAAACAUUGUCAAAUAAUGCUAUGUUACCACCAUAUUCACCCAAAACUCCAACAAUUUCAACUUUAAACAAUACUUAUCGACAACGAAUGGUUAAUUCAGAACCUCGAAAAGCAACUAUAUCAACAACACAUACAUCAACUAUUCAACGACGUUUACCAUUCGAACGCAUGAUGUCACAUAAAAACAAUAAUGGAAAUAAUAGCAAAUAUUUUUCUCCUAUUUAA